CGUUUCUUUAAAUUAAGCUCGUCAAUCUUCCACAGUCAAAGGUUAAUUGACACAUCUCAUGCAUCAACAGAACACCGCGUCACGAUAGCGAUGUUAGGUCGGCUCUAUCUGCGACCCAUGACAGCGCGAACCUCGUCUGCCGCUCGUUGUCUGCCGCGCUGCCAUGGUCGCCAAAGUCGAGCCAAACUGCACUGCGUCACAGUCAAUCUCAAUCUGGAUCAAUUGCACAUUCCGGGGCACGACCUAACGUUGAAGCGAGCCGCCAUAGACUCGAUCGCAAAAGCCAAGCCUCUUCGCCCGGCCGCCCGGCGAAGGCCUGAGAGCUAUAAUCCUGACGAUGCCGCUGUUAUCCUGGUCUCUCGUAGGCUGGCGUCGUGGCUAGAGGACAAUGAUUUCAUAGCUCAGCUCAUCAAAGUCGCCGGCCUUGACUUGAAAUUCAGUACAGCAGAAGGCAUCAGCAUAUUGAGCGCUGCUGUGGAUGAGGUUCCGCGCUACGAUAGCCGAAUCAACUACUUCGCCUCAGCCGAGGGGUUGUCGGUUGUGUGCGGAUCCAGCCGUGUCCUCCUUCCCAACCUGUGGGAUAGUGAUACCGAGCAGACUGAAGCGGUGGCCCAGCCAUACCUUGAGUUUGAGCUGGCCCGGGAAAGGCAAUCCGAGUGGCAGUCUCGAGUCACCGUACCCGUCGCCAACACCGUCUUCAGCAAUGGCAAACCCCACGUUCUCCUUGCAAGCAGGUGGGAGGUCGACGGGGGAGAACACCUGCGCCUGUCGAGAAGGGUCGAGAAGAAGAGACAAACCAUCCUCACCACACGCGUUGAUAUGCAGUAUCACGGAAGCGGAACAAGAGUCCAUGACUCCCUGCGCUGUCCGUUCGUGCCUGUGACCAAACCGCGGAAGAUUGUCGCCGGUUUGGGAAACAUUUUGCGCCAGAUCGAGAUCGACUCCGAGCCGGUCCCAGCGUCCAAGGAAUUGGAGGCUGUCAUUCCCGCCCUCGUCGACCUGCGUUCGAGGAGCUGGGAAGGCAAUGUUACCGACUCUACGGCUGCUGACCGUCCAAGCGUCUGGGCGCUAGUCUUUCCCCGUCUCGGUGCCGGUCGUUUCGCCCCGAGAAGCGCCGAACCGCUUAGGCUGGAAGGAUACACACCCUCACGCGAGUGGCACUACGCUCAACGAAAUUCCACUCUCAUACACAGCCUUAUGCUGGGCGGCGGUUGCCAGCUCCGCAAGAUACUGAGCGGCGGCGGGGGUUGGGGCCCAAAGCAAGGUCUAUUAUCGUUGGACCCGCAGACAAGUUUGACGGCGCACGAGGACCAAGAUCUGGAAAAUUUCAUUGCGUCCUUCGAGGGCGAGGACGGUGGGCCUGACAUUUUCCUGCGCCCUGGGUCGUACGUGCAGUUUUUCGUCGAGCCCAUUUCUCUUUCGUAUUCGGGGCGUCUAGCGGAUUUCCAUCUGCCAUGGUACACAACGCUCGCCCCAACCCUUGCCAUUGGGACUUCCGGGGCGGCUCCUGAACACCCCUUAGAUGGCCUGGCCCAUGCAUGGCCGGCUCUUUUCGGCGCCGUUUCCUCCAAAGGCAUAUACUUCACUCACGGGAAGAGAUUUGGAGUUCCCCCCACCUUCGCUACCAAACUCGAUGCGGCUCCUUCAUAUUAUAUAGCGUCAAAGACCAUUCCGCCGGCUCCAGAGUAGAAGCCUGCCGCCCAAAAGCCUGCCGCCAAAAAGGCUGCUGCCCCUCAAAACAAGCAAUCGGGUCACGAACCAGAUUCAAGCGCAUCAAGUC